AUGGAUUUUCACCGUUGUCGAUUCGUCGAUUAUACACCUCAUACCAUCACUUCAUUAGCAUUUUCACAUCCAUCAUCUCAUAAUAUAACACCAGAUUUAAGAUUGGCAGUUGGAAGAAGUAAUGGUGAUAUAGAAAUAUGGAAUCCUAAAUUUAAUUGGACUCAUGAAUUAACUAUAUAUGGAUCUAAAAAUAAAUCCAUAGAAGGUUUGUGCUGGCAAACUUCAAAUGAUGAGGCUCCAAGGCUAUUUUCAAUUGGUGGAUCAACUUAUAUAACUGAAUGGGAUUUAGUUACAGGAAAACCAAUCAUAAAUUAUGAUUGUAACGCAGGGAUAAUAUGGUGCAUUGACAUAAAUUCAAGUCAAAAUAAAUUGUGUGUUGGUUGUGAUGAUGGAUCAGUUGUACUUAUAGAUAUAAGUGGGGGUAAAGGUUCAUUAGAAUAUGAUAUAAUAUGUCAAAGACAAGAUUCAAGAAUUUUAAGUAUAAAAUGGAAUAAUUUAAAUGAUAAUAUAAUAGGAGGUUGUGCUGAUGGAAGAAUUAGAGCUUGGGAUACAGUCGGAGGAGAUUCGAAUAUAAAUAGAGGAAGAAUCUUAAAUACCAUGAAAGUUGAUAAAUCAAAACAUGAAAGUACAUUAGUUUGGUCAUUAAACAUACUACAGAAAAGACAACAAUUGAUUAGUGGAGAUUCAACUGGUUCUGUUAAAAUAUGGGAUUUACAUCAUCAUCAAUUAAUUCAAACUUUUAAAAUACACGAUGCUGAUGUAUUGAGUAUUGUUUCAGAUUUAAACGAAGAGAAGUUUUUUACCGGUGGUGUUGAUAGAAAAAUACAUCAAUUUGAUUUACUCACAAAUAAAGAAACUAAAUCUUCAAAAUGGUCUCAUAGUUCUAACAGAUUAUUACAUUCUAAUGAUAUUAGAUCAAUGACAAUUUUCCAAAAUAAAAGAAUCAAUUUUUUAGUAAGUGGUGGUGUUGAAAGAUCUAUAAUCAUACAAGAUGCAUUGAAGUUCCAUGAUGGAAACUAUAAAAAACUACUCAUAAAUCAACAAAUUUCAAAUACUAAAGUUAUACCAAACAAGAAAUUGAUCAUAUUUUGGCAAGAUCAAACUAUAAAAAUAUGGAGAAUUAGUAAAAAUAAAGAAGAAACUAAACAUAAACUUGUAUCUAAGAUUGUAUUAUCAGAUGAUGAAAACAUUAUAGACGUUGACUUUAACGAGCAACAGAAUUUAUUAGCAGUAUCCAAAAUUAAUUCAAUCAAAUUAUUCAAAUUAGAAGAAAAUGGCUCCAAAUUCAAAGUUAUUAAAUUCAGAGAUGAAGCUUUCGAAUCGAUUUUAGAUGGAGGUAAAAAAGUUAAAUUUUAUAACGACAAUAAGUUGUUAAUUUUAACUCCAGAUGACGAAAUUUACAAAUUUCAAAUAAAUGUUGAAGAAAUGAAAAUCCAACUCAUUGGUGAUAUCGAAUUAUUAUCUACCAAAAUUUCACCAACUCAAUACACAUAUUAUUCAUCAAUAAAUAACCUUGUAAUAUCACCAAAUCAAGAAAAUUUAAUAAUAUCAAAAUUCAAUGGUUCAAUUGAAGUUUACAACAUACAAAAUGGAGAAAGUUACUCAUUAACAACACUUUCUACCUUCCCACAUUUAAUCAAAUGUUUUAAUGACGAAAAAUUAAUUCUACUUACUGAAGAAAAUAAAAUUCAUGAAUUUUUCAUACAACCAAAUGAAAAUGGUUUACUUACUCCAUGGUCCAAAAGAAAUAGCGAGUUUUUACCAAGACUAUUUACACAAUUGGAUGAUAAACCGCAAGAUAUGUUUAUUCAAAAUGAUUUAUUAUGGAUAUAUGGUUCUAAAUGGUUAUGUUAUUUUGAUUUAUCAAUGAAUAUACCAAUUAAUAAAAUUUAUAAAAAUACAUCAAGUGGUAAGAAAAGAAAUAAUAAUGGUUUAACAAUUGAUGAAUCAGACGACGAUGAAGAGGAUGAAGAAGCACAAAAUUUAGAAUCUUCACUCAAACAAAGUGAAAUUGAUAAAUUAAGAAAUCAAAUUAAAAUAAAAGAAAGUAAUAGCAAUGGACUUAAUAAAAAACCAUUUUGGAUGACUGAUAAAUAUAGACCAAUCUUGAAAGCGGAUAAUUUUGGUUCAAAUGAAAUUAUAGUUAUAGAAAGACCUUAUUUUGCAUUACCUAAAGACCCUGCAUUUAGUAUACCAAAAUUAAAAGUAUAG